GAGCUCGUCUCGCUUGUCCCCGCCAUACUUUUGGACGCUCAACCCGGAAGCGUCUGUGUUGAUCUCUGUGCCGCUCCCGGGAACAAGUCAUUGCAAUUGCUGGACAGCUUAGCCUCUGCCAACGAUGCGGAAGGAGCUGUAUUGUCAGCAGACAAUGACCCUCAGCGUUGUUGCCUCACACUCCAUCGUGUGUUGGGCAAAGCCGCUUCGCCUGCUUCCUGCGCAGCACUCGCAAAUGCCGCACAUUUCCCAGUGUUAGUAGAGCGAGCCAGUGACAGCGCGGCUGAUGCUCUACCAUGUAGAGUGGAUUUCAAUCACAUUCUUGCCGAUGUGCCUUGCAGUGGAGAUGGUACGGCACGCAAAAACGCGCAGGUUUUUCGAUCGUGGUCACGUCGGGAAGCGCUUGAGUUGUCGGCGUUGCAGAGGAGGAUUCUACUUCGCGGCUUGUACCUGCUGCCUCCAGGAGGAAUGCUCGUCUACUCUACAUGCUCGCUGAAUCCUUUGGAAAACGAGGCCGUGGUUUUGAGCAGCCUUCGCCGCUGGAACACUCCAGGAGGCGUUUCCAAGCUGCCAGUUUCUCUGCUCGAUGCUGUUGCGAUGGUCAAGGAGAGAUGUGGGCUGCAACCUUCUCCUGGUCUCAGACGUUGGGUGGUGCCCGAGCCACAGCGCUGUGGCGCAUUAUUUGAGUCUUGGGAGAAGGUACCUCAAGAGCUUCGUGACGUGGAUCGUUGGGCGCUUCGAGCAGAUAUGUUCCCUUCGCCUGGUGAGCCCAGUACGGAGGAGCUGUCAAAAUGCGCCCGCUUCUAUCCUCAUCAUUCCAACACCGGCGCAUUCUUUGUGGCGGUGUUUAAAAAAGAUGUGGCCGCGUCGCCCCAUGUACCAGGACCCCGUCCUCCACCAGCGUCUUCUUGUGAAGGGCGUGGGGGGCAUCCGCUGCUCAGUUCCAAGUUCCGCCGCGUUUCCCUUGCAGACUCUGCAUGGCAAGAGCUUUCAAGUUUUUACGCAAUCGACCCGAACUGGAGCCAGGACAAGCUGAAACGUGGCCUACUGUUCUGGCAGACCACGAAGGGCAAGACUGAACCAGAACGGAUAACCUUGGUUUCUGAGGCGGUCGCCCGCAUCUUCGAUGCACUCCCCUGCGACGGCCGUCAGGUUGCUUGGGCACGGAUGGGGAUGUUCCUGUUCGAGCGGCUUCCCAAGGGGCUGCUCACUGGUGUAGCGCCAUGUCGGUGGAGGCCACACUCUGAGGCCGUGCAAAUUCUUGCGCCACUUCUACAUCUGCGCCAGGUUUCAUUAAGGCCGCUACUUCUGGAGCAGGUGUUACGCAAUGACCAUCGACAGUCGACGUUGACAGAAGGAACUCCAUUGGCUCGUGCUGUGGCUGCUGGCGCGCCCAGCACCACGCAUCACCAUGUUUGUGGUGGCCUCUUGGUGCACCUGCAGGGGUCGAUGUGUUGGGCGCCGGGCGUUGCAACUCCGAAGCAGUUGCGGCUGCUGGUUGAUGAUGACCUGGCGGAGGCUUUGCUGGAGAAGUGCCAUGCUCAAAAGACGGCUCUGACGUCUUGCUGGGCUGGUAUUGCGAGCUGGAUCUGCCCUCUUAGCGCAUGA